AAGGCCGCAAAGAAGGCUGCAAAGGCUGCUAAGGCUGCUAAGGCCGAGUCUACCACCUCCAUCGCCGCCGAGCCUGUUGCCGCCACUGUCGCUGCUACUGGUGGCUACACCGAGCACCCCGGCCUGACCGCUCUGCCGCAAUCCGAGAUUGAUGCUUUCAUCGCCGAGAAGUUCAUCAGCGUCACCGACGAGGCCAAGGCAUCGCCCGCCUACAGACCCAUCACCUCGUUCGACUACGUCCCCAUCACCGACAAGGCCCAGCGCGCACCUUUUGCCAACUUCAAGACUCCCUCGCCCAUCCAGGCCGCCGCCUGGCCAUACCUUUAUGCUGGAAGAGAUGUCAUUGGCGUUGCCGAGACUGGUUCCGGAAAGACAAUGGGCUUCGGUGUCCCCUGCGUGAGAUACAUCUCUUCUCUGUCCGCCAAGGAGCAGAAGAAGGGUAUCAAGGCCUGCAUUGUUUCUCCCACCAGAGAACUCGCUGUCCAGAUUCAGGAGCAGCUUGUCAAGCUCGCCGAGCCUGCUGGCCUCAAGGCUGUCUGUGUCUACGGUGGUGUGAACAAGGACCAGCAGCGUGCAACUCUGACCGGUGCUCACAUUGUUGUUGCUACUCCUGGACGUUUGAACGACUUUGUCAGCGAAGGCUCAAUUGACCUCAGCAAUGUCACUUACGCUGUUCUGGACGAGGCCGACCGCAUGCUUGACAAAGGGUUCGAAGAGGAGGUUCGCAAGAUUCUCGGAAGCUGUGCACCCACUGGCCGUCAAACUCUCAUGUUCACCGCAACAUGGCCUCCAUCGGUUCGCGAGCUUGCCGCUACUUUCAUGAAGAAGCCCGUUCGCAUCAACAUCGGUGAGAACACCACUGGAGAGUUGCGUGCCAACACCAGAAUCGUUCAAGAAGUGGAGGUUAUGGACUCCUACGACAAGAACGACCGUUUGAUCACUCUUCUCAAGAAGUACCAGAGUGGCAAGAACAAGGAGGACCGUAUCUUGGUCUUCUGCUUGUACAAGAAGGAGGCCACCAGAAUUGAAGGCUUCAUUCGUUCCAAGGGCUUCAACGUCGGUGGUAUCCACGGUGAUCUGAGCCAGGACCAGCGUCAGAGAAGUUUGGACGCAUUCAAGGCAGGCAAGGUUCCGCUUCUUGUCGCCACCGAUGUCGCUGCCAGAGGUCUGGAUAUCCCUGCUGUCAAGGUCGUCAUCAACGUCACUUUCCCCCUGACAGUUGAGGACUACGUCCACCGCAUCGGUCGUACUGGCCGUGCUGGUCAGGAUGGUAGAGCCAUCACCUUCUUCACCGACCACGAGAAGGGUCUUGCUGGCGGUCUGAUCAACGUCCUCAAGGGCGCCAACCAGCCCGUCCCUGAGAAUCUGAUGAAGUUCGGUACCACCGUCAAGAAGAAGGCUCACGACGCAUAUGGCGCUUUCUACAAGGACCCUGGUGAAAUGAAGGCUGCCACCAAGGUCACUUUUGAU